AUGGGAUACGGCCCUCAUAGGUUCCUUUGGAAAGCUUAUGGAAGCUUGAUACUCUACCAAAGAUCCGGGUUUUUGCGUGGAGGACAGGGUUUUGACAAGGGGCGUCCUCGAUGUGGAGCAGAGACCGAAACAGUGCUACAUGCAUUAAAAGACUGUCCAACUUCGAAAGCAGUUUUGUCGACCGGAGGGUGGUCUAGGAGCUUUAUUUCUAAGAACUACGAUCACUGCAGUGAUUGGCUGGAAGACUUGAUGCGGGUCCUCGACAAGAGAGCUAUGGCCGACUUGAUGACAACAUUAUGGAACUGCUGGAAUAACAGGAACAACUUUAUCUUCAGGGGUAAAGAAGAAGAGGCAAAGCAAAUAUGGGAAAGAGCUAGCAACUUGUCGAAGGAGUUUCGAAUAUGUAACAUGACGAAUGAGCCUUUACUGUCACAGAAUGCCGUGGUGAAGAAGUGGAAAAAACCUCCAAAGGGAUUCAUUAAGAUAAACUUUGAUGCUUCAGUUUGCGAUGACAGAAUCGGAUUUGGCACGAUUAUAAGGGAUGAAGAGGGCUUUGUCUUGGGAGGCGGUGGGGGCUUUAAAGAGGGAAGAGUGUCGGUGGAAGAGGCUGCGUGCAUGGCUUUUGAAGAGAGUAUCAACGUGGCGCAAAGAUUGAAUUUUAAAGAAAAUGUUCUCUUUGAAACUGACCAUGUGGGGCUGGUCAACAGACUUAAUAAUUUAGUCAAUGACGUCACUGUUAUAGGCGCUAGGAUUAUGAAAUGCACAGUAGCCUUAAAUUCUUUUAAAUCGGCCAGUUUAAUUUGGACAGAGCGUGCGUGUAAUAAUGUAGCCCAUUUAAUUUGUAAGAAAAUGUGUAGGGAGGCUAGAAACUGUUUGUUCGAAAUGGAUUAUCCUUCGGAAAUCCACACUGCUGUUAUUUGUGAUGUUACUUAA